UAAGUUUGACGGAGGGGCUUGCCUCUCCCAGCUCCCACAUUCCUUCCACCGUGGUAAGAAAAAAAGUUUGUACAGCGAGCUGGAGGUUGUCCACGUUUACAGCAUUCAGACACCGCUGCCCAGCUCCACAUCUGCAGCCCGGCCCCUCUGCGCUGUGAAGAGCGCACUCCAACGCAGGGCUUAAACUGAUUUAUGUUUUUAAUUUUAAUUUUUUGGCGUUUUUAUUUGAAAUCCAUUUUAAGUUAUUCCCCAAACAAUGUUUUCCUUUUGCAUUGCCCUUUUCCUUCUCAUCUCCGGCUCUUUCGUGGAGUGUAACCCCAGUCCUGUGCUUGGAGAUGUAGUCGUGGACAGAUACUUCAUCCCCAAAGACUGCGCCAGAGAAGUGAAAAGCGGAGAUUACGUCCGCUAUCACUAUAACGCAACAUUUAUCGAUGGAAAAACUUUUGAUUCGAGCCAUCAGAAAGGAGCAGCUAAAGUCGGCCUGAUCGGGGAGGGUCGGCUCAUUGCGGGGAUGGACAAAGGUCUGCAGGGCAUGUGUGUGAAUGAGCGCAGGAAAAUCACCGUCCCGCCACAGCUGGCCUAUGGAAACACCGGGGCAGGUGACGUCGUUCCUCCAGACGCCACCCUCGUGUUUGACAUCCACCUGCUGGAUCUGUGGAACACGGCCGACCUGGUUGUAACCACAACCAUCACCACUCCGAAAGACUGCAAGCGCUCCGUGAUUCGUACUGACUUUGUGCGUUACCAUUUCAACGGCACUCUGCUCGUCGGCACAGUCUUUGACUCCAGCUACACCAGGAAACAGACACACAACUCCCUAGUAGGUGAGGGUUGGAUGAUCAAGGGCAUGGAUGAGGGCCUGCUGGGCAUGUGUGUGGGAGAGAUCAGAAAAAUCGUCAUCCCGCCGUUCAAAGCCUACGGAGAAAAGGGAUCAGGUGACGAGAUUCCCCCUCAGGCGACUCUGGUGUUCGACGUCCUGCUGGUGGACAUCCACAACCCGAAGGAUAACAUCACUGUUGAGAACCAGGUGGUGCCGGAGUCAUGCACUCGCAGGUCCGUGGUCGGAGAUUACAUUCGGUACCACUAUAACGGCACCUUCCUGAAUGGAGUCACCUUUGAUACCAGCUACCAGAGGAACAGCACUUACAACACCUACAUUGGGAUGGGGUACGUAAUAAUGGGGAUGGAUCAGGGCCUGCUGGGACUCUGCAUUGGGGAGAAGAGGAAGAUCACUAUUCCUCCACAUCUGGCUUAUGGAGAGAACGGAGCAGGUGAUGUGAUCCCUCCUUCUGCUGUGCUCGUCUUUGACAUCCACGUCAUCGACUUCCACAACCCCAACGACACGGUGGCUGUCCAGGUCAUCCACAGACCCGAAGUGUGUAACGAGACCACAGAAGUGAACGACCUCGUCCGCUACCACUACAACUGCUCCCUCAUGGACGGGACGCUGCUCUUUUCCUCACACAACUAUGGCAGCCUUCAGGACGUCGUCCUGGGCUCAGACAAAGUGAUCGACGGGCUGGAUCAGGGCCUGCAGGGCAUGUGUGUGGGAGAGAGGAGGGUGAUAACGGUGCCACCUCACCUUGGCCAUGGGGAAAGGGGAGCUGCUGGUGUGCCGAGCAGCGCCGUGUUGGUCUUUGACAUAGAGCUGCUGAGCUUUGAGAAGGGCGUGCCGCCUGGUUACCUGUUUGUGUGGCUGGAGGACACUCCUACAGACCUGUUUGAAGCCUUGGACAUAAACAAGAAUGCAGAGGUGCCACAGGAGGAGUUUGCGGAGUUCAUCAAGCUGCAGGUGGCAGAGGGCAAAGGUCGCAUAAAGCCCGGGCUGACCAUGGAGCACGUCGUCACCGACAUGUUCCAAAACCAGGACCGAAAUAAAGACGGCGUGAUCACAGCCAACGAGCUGAAACUUAAAGUGGAUGAGGACAAAGAGCGGGAACAGGCAAGGCACGAGGAGUUGUGAUGAGGACAAAAGUGUUUGGUUCUCUCUCAGGGAUAAACCUCCAACACAGUACAAAAAAAAACGCAACAACCAACAAACAGGCAACAAGAGACUUUUUCCCCCACACGGAGUCAUGGUUUAGUGGUUUCAAGUUUUGAAAUGACAAAGUGCAGAAGAUCUUUUUCACUAUCAUUUUUUAUGUGUGUUACAAAUGUCUGUUUGAUUGCUGUAAACAAACAAGCACCUUUAUUUGUCCCUGAACACCACAUUCAUUAAAAUGUUUGUAGAAAAACCA